GUCAAAGGUUACAUCAACAUAGCAACAUUGUAUCAACAGUACGCUUUUUGUGUGCUUGGCGUUUCUAGGCUAGUCAAUCUAGCCUUUCCAGGGAAGAAUUGGCCUUUGUUUCUUUGAUAGACGAGUUGGCCUGUGUACAUCAUUGGACUGACAUUUUAAAAGUCAGUCUUGUAUACAUCGAGUCAACAGCAACGUGUUGCAAGACAAAUCAUCAUGGCUGUUGCCAGCUGCAUUUGGGUCAAGAAAGAUAUCCAUGGAACUCCCCCUUCUCCCAGGAACAGCCAUGCCAUGACCAUGGUGGGCAGUAUUGGCUUCCUGUUUGGUGGCAGCACCUGUAUUGGAGGGGGUUCCACCUCUGUCUUCAGUGAUGACGAAGAGUCUGCAUCGUUCUACAACGACCUCUACAUGCUUCAAGUUGGUCCCAGCCAGCUGGUAUGGGAGAAGGUGCCCCAGGGCGGGGACAUCCCCUUCAAGAGAGAUGGAGCUUCUCUGUGUGCGGUUGGCUCCACCCUGUAUCUGUUUGGAGGAAAAAGUGAGCUGGUAGCUGAUGAGUCUCUGUCAGGCCUCUACACCUUUGACACAGGUACACUGUGCUGGGAGCGUUGUACCACCCAGGGCCCCCAGCCUCGCACCUUACACCAUAGCCAGGCUGUGGUCGGGAAGAACAUCUACGUCUUUGGUGGGAUCUACAAGGGGAAUGCUACAAACACCAUGUACAUGCUCAAUACAGCAACGCUGACCUGGACUCCCCUGCGAACCUCAGGCGGGAAACCCUCCCCAAGAUGUGACCACUCCAGCUGUGCUGUUGGAGACAAGAUCUACGUGUUUGGAGGCUGUGCAGGGGACAACGUGUGGCUGAAUGACCUGCAUAUCUUUGACACAGCCACCCUGACAUGGACCUCUCCCAUGAUAAAAGGCGAGGCACCCCCAGCACGGGGCUGUCACACGUUUGUGUCACAUCAUGAUAAGGACAUCUACGUGUUCGGUGGAUCAAAUGACUCCAACAUUGAAAACAUGUCGUUCAACGACCUUUACAAACUCAGCCUAGGAAGGCUGAAGUGGAAACACCCCCUCUACAGCGGGAUUCCUCCAGAGCGAAGAUACAGUCACACAAGCUUCAUCCUCCACAGUCAUAUGUACGUGAUUGGUGGAAUUAAUGAGCAGCGGGAGUUUAACGAUGUCCAUAUCCUGAAACUCAUCAACCCGUCAGACAGGCAGCCAGUGAUGAAGUCAGUUCUGGAGGAUUUUGGAGUCCACAAUGAGAACGUUGGCUACACUCCCACCAGGACGCCGCAGCCUCGAUAUGAGCUGUCGGACCCCCCAGCCGUCACCUCACCUCGAUCCAGACUGCCCCAGAGUCUUCCUAGUCAUGAAUCCCCAGACUUUGGUGAGGCGAGAGCAUCAGCCAUCAAACUGAUCCAGGAUGCCUUCAGUAUUCUGGAGGACAAGUUCAAGCAGCUAGAAGUUGAGAGAGCUGCCCUGAGCACAGCCCGUCAGGCAUUUGCCAAGGAGAAGGAAGAGUACAAGACAACCUACGGCCGUCAGCAAAAGGAGCUGCGUGACAUGCUGGAAAACCACAAGUCACAGAACGAGGAGUGGCUCCGUCAGAGGAAGCAGGAGAAUGACGCAGACAGGAAGAACAUCGCGAAAGAGAAGGCCCAGCUGGCAGAAGAACGGGCACGGAUUCUGGCUGAACAGGACAGCCUGUCAGACAAGUCCAGGAAACUGGUGUCUGUCAUGCAGCAGUUCAAGACUGUCUGAAGCAGCGUUUCUUAUCAUGAGACUCUGUCUUCGCCGGAGAUGUAGAAACUCAUAGAAGAGUUGAACUAUUUAUUUCUUGCACUUUUGAGUUUCUAAUGUAUUGUAACAUACAUGCACAAAGUAGUUAUUUCUGAAGGUUGAAAUUUUUUAAAAAUAUUUUUAACUUAGACAUAUUUAGAGCUGGUCUUCCAACUGAUCUCUGCUCACAUACUAUAAUAAGGCAUAUAUGCCCUAAUGGACAUGGAACAAACAUAUACACAGGGAAAGGGUAUCCUUUUAUCACUUACUGGUUGCUUUAAACGUUUUGUGUGGAACCGAAUUUGUCCUGGUAAGUUUAAGAGUGUGGUGUUCCAAAAAUUAAUAGACUACAGAAUGUUGCAUACAUAAUAUAAUCUUCAAGUAAAGCUGAACUUGUUGUUCUUAAAACUGCCAGUAAACUACCCUACUCUGG